GGCGGGAAUUCUAUCGUAUCGUUCAACCUGUACAUUACAUUUUGUUUCACAACACUUCGAAUUUUUGUUAAUUAUGUUUAAGUGAAAGUGAUUAAUUGUUAGAAAUUUACCACAAUGAGCGACUAUCCAGAUCCUGAUGAAGAAUUUGAGUUGAUGUACGGCGAUGACUUGGAUUUGCUGAAUUCACAACAAGCAGAAAACUCGUCAUUUAAUACUGGACAAGUAACUGAAAGCCAAUCUGUUAGCAAAAAGCGAUCCGUUAAUGAAUUAUUUGGAGAUAUUGAUGAUAUUGAAGAUGAUUAUCAUAUAAAGGAAAUUGAGUUGCCCAAACCCAAAAAACUUAAAUCAUCUCAAGAUGAUAAUAUAGAAAAAUUGGCGCUAAUUGAACAUAUAUUGGAGUUGAGAAAACAGGCACAAGAAAACUUAUACAAUACUGGUUCAGACAGCUUAAAGCAAAAACAUAGAACAGUGUAUAGAGAUAACAUUGCUGAUAAUAUAAGCUGCAGAGUACCACAAUAUCCUUUUAAAGUUGUCACAUCAACUGAGGGUGAGAGAUUUUAUGUUAGAACUCAUUCAGAAAAAUACUGGGAAGAGGAGGUGAAGAAUGUAUCUAAGUUACUUCCUUAUGGGUCUAGUAUUGGACCAUUAGGUGUAGAUUUUGAUAAUAUCUGGAGGGAAGCACAGGAAAAUCUUACAAAUAAAUCUGAUGUAAGCAUAGUAACACCUAUUUCUAAUGAUAAAAAUGAUGGUCUAUGGGUGGAAGUAUACAAGCCUAAGAAAUACAUUGAUUUGCUUAGUGAUGAAGCCACUAACAGAACACUACUCAGAUGGAUUAAAUUGUGGGAUAGAAUUGUUUUUAAUAGAAGAACAAAGAUAUCUGCAAAUUUAACACAAUUUCAAAAGAAUAUUUUUGAAAUUGAGCCAGAUCAUAGACCAAAAUAUAAAAUAGUUUUAUUGGCUGGGCCACCUGGUCUUGGUAAGACCACACUAGCACAUCUUGUUGCACUACAUGCAGGAUAUAAACCCAUGGAGGUCAAUGCAAGUGAUGAUAGAAGUCCAGAUUCUUUUAAAAAAGUUUUAGAGAAUGCAACAACUAUGACAUCAGUGUUAGAUGUAGAAAAAAGGCCGAAUUGUGUUAUAUUUGAUGAAAUAGAUGGAGCACCCACAAGCGCCAUUGAUUAUUUAUGUAAAUAUAUUCAGGGUGGAAUUAAAGAAAAAACUAAACAGGCAAAAUCCACCGCCAACAAACCCGGUGAGAAGAGUGGUAACAAGAAAAUGCUGAGAAGGCCUAUAAUUGCAAUUUGCAAUGAUGCUUAUGUCCCAGCUCUCCGAGUAUUGCGACAAAUUGCUUUGGUGUUGCAUGUGCCUGCUAUCAAUGCAAACCGACUAACGCAACGUUUAAUCGAAAUAAGCAUGAAAGAGGAUAUUCGAAUUAAUCGACAUGCUUUAACAACUCUUGCGGAAAAGUCGAAUUGUGAUAUACGAAAUUGUCUGUCUUUAUUACAAUUCUUUAAAGUGCAAAACGAUGGCAUUUUUGCAUCGAAUUCGGUAACACUGGAACAAGUUCUGAAUAUUAAUCACUCCAAAGAUGUAAACAAAGGAUUAUUUCAAGUAUGGUCCGAUAUUUUUCAUCUGCAGCGAAAUAAAGAUAAAACUUUUCCAACAACCGAGGAGCGCUCGCUUAAAAUACAGUUGGCCACUAGCCAUUUUGAUUUUGAUAAAUUAUCCGCUGGUGUCUUUGAAAAUUACGUUAGAUUAAGUUCGGUAAAAGAUAAUAUAAAGAGCGCUAAGGCACUGGAAUGGUUCAGUUGGACGGAUAUGUUAGACAAGCAAAUUCAUCAAUCACAAAAUUUCCAGUUGAGCGGUUACUUAACAUGGGGUUUUGUUCAAUGGCACUUCACAUUUGCUAAUUUACCUAACAGCCAUAAUCAACCUUCGUUUCCGAAGAAGUUUCCGAAUUCCAAUCGUCCAGGCGAAAAAGCGUUUGGAGCCCCGGGAAGUACAACGAAUGCAAAUAACGAUAAUCAUAAAAUAAUAUUUCCUUCUAAUAUUUCUGAUGUGCGAAGUCGCUCGCAAAAAAUGGAUGCCACUAUAUCAGACGUAUUAAACCACACGUCUGCACAAAUUCGUGCUUACGUUACAAAAAAUACUCUUGUAUUAGAUCUGAUCCCUAUGCUUGGGUACAUUAUAAAUCCAUUGCUACGGCCGGUUAACUUACAUUUAUAUACUCAGAAUGAGAAAGAUGAAUUAGCUCGAGUUGUUAACACGAUGAUCGAUUACGGAUUGAAUUAUAUACAGGAACGAACUUUGGAAGGCACCUACUCAUUUAAUCUUGAUCCGAAUAUUGAGGAAUUGGCAAAGUAUUCCACAACAAAUAAAAGUAGUGCAAUGAGAUCGCUGUCGUAUUCUAAUCGGCAAUUAGUUGCAAGAGAAAUAGAGUUAGAGAAAAUGCGGAGAUUAGAAUUAACGAAGCAUAAAAAUACGACUGCUUCCAAUGAGAAAAGGAUUGAAAAGGAUAGCGUGCGACAUUGUAAAGAAAUAGAAAAUGUUCAAAUACCGAAUCAUUUGGCAAAACUGACACCUAAGAAAAUUAAUUUAAAACCAAAGCAAGACAAAAAGUUUUUCACGUUUCGUUUAAAUAGCAGCGAUGACGGCAAAGUAGAGUCCACUGGAAAAGGUGGUUUUCGAUCAACGGGCAUUUACUUCCAGUUCAAAGAAGGACACACAAAUGCAGUGAAGAAAACAAUUAAAAUUUCUUCGCUGCUUUCUUAAUAAUUCCGUGUACAUGUCUACUAAUUUUGUAUCAUAAACUAUCGCUCUUUAUAUAUUAGUUUCUACGUUUUAGUUUUUGUUAUCUCCACCAUAUUGUACUUUUAAAGUAGCCAGGAAUGUUUCUGCUGCACUUUUAGUCGGUAGGCAGGGGCCGAACGCUUGCAACAAAAGCGGUUCCUUUUCCACGGUUUCCUGAAAAUCAAGCUUGGAAACUUUGCCAUCUGCAUCGACGUCUAUCUUUUUAAGCACUAUUUCCACCAAUUCUUUAACUCCUUCAUCGGGAUCUUCAUCUUGCGGGUGCUUUAUCAAACAAUUUCUAUUUGAAGAACAAAAUGGUAUAAUUAAUGUAAUAAUAAAUAAUGUUUAAAAUAAAACAAGUAAACCCAA